AAAGUUCCACAGCAUACCACAUCACGGCCUGGGUUGAGUUGAGUUUGAGGCUUGCUUAGCUAAUUAGAGAGAGAGAGAGAGAGAGAGAGAGAGAGAGAGAGAGAGAGAGAGAGAUGUGGGGGUUAGAGAUAGUAGCGGUGCUAGUGGCGGAAUGCGUGGAGGUGGGAUUGAACACCAUGAGCAAAGCAGCAAUGAGAAGAGGGAUGAACAACUUCAUCUACAGUGCUUAUUCUACUUCCCUUGGUGUUCUCUUCCUUGUUCCUUUAGCCUUCUUCUUUCAUAGAAUUACUUCUCCUCCACCAAUGCUCACUUUCUCCACACUGAGCAAAAUCAGUCUUCUUGGAGCCAUCGGGUAUUGUGUGCAAAUGUGUAUGUAUUUGGGAAUUCAGUGUAGCUCCCCAACUUUGGCUUCAGCACUAACAAAUCUCACACCAGCUUUUACCUUCAUACUUGCCAGGAUUAGCGGGAUGGAAAAGCUAGACUUGAAAUCCAAGAGCAGCCAGGCAAAGUGUAUCGGCACCAUAGUAUCAAUCUUGGGAGCAUUCACUGUGACCUUCUACAAAGGCCCACCAAUCAUUUUCGGUUCACCAAGUUCUAUCUCAGUACUGCAUGAACAAGCUGUUCAAUUUCAAUCACCAGUAGUACCACAACAAAAUUGGGUGAUAGGAGGCUUUCUCAUUGCUUCUGGUAGCUUCAUUCUGGCGAUAUUAAUCAUUGUCCAGACCUGGAUUAUGAAGGACUACCCUGCGCCGUUGAUGGUAACUCUUCUUGGCAACAGCUUUACGAGCAUUUUGGCAACCGCAGUGGCUUUGAUUUUAGAAAGGGACCCAAAUGCUUGGAAACUAAGGUCGAAUAUUGAGCUGGUCACCAUUGUGUACGCGGCAAUUUUUAUGGUAUCGUUACGGAAUAUUGUUUUGACAUGGCUUGUGCGCGACAAGGGGCCGGUUUUUGUGACGAUGUUUAAGCCCCUUGGGAUAGUAAUUGCGCUUGUGAUGGGGAUUGCUUUUCUUGGGGAUACUCUCUACCUUGGAAGUGUGACAGGAGCGCUCAUAAUAGCCAUUGGCUUCUACUCCGUGCUGUGGGGAAAGGCUGAAGAAGAGAAGGCUGUUGAGGAAAUUAAUGGAACAAAUAGUUUUGGUCCUAACUGUAAUACUAAUAAAUUUCCUCUUUUGCAAAAGGAAUCCACGGAAGAAGCAUAGAAAAGACUGAACCAAUAUAUGCCAAACUCAUCUUAAUUA